AUGCUGCUGCGCCGUUCCAGCCGAGCCGGCUUGUGGUUGGCCCUGGCCAUUGCCAUGGCAUUCGCCUCGCCGUUCUUCUCGAACGUGACUGGUGAGAAAGGUGAUGAAAGUGGUCCAGACCUUGACCUGGGAACCUGGGGGCGAAAGGCGACAAAGAUGUUGCAAGUGGUCCAGAAUUUGACUUGGGAACCUGGGGACGACAUAUCCAUCUUCAAGGUGAUCGGAGGACCGGCUCUCUUCCCCCAUUCUGAGCACUCUUCGGAUGACUGA